UGCUUGUUACGCACUUCGUGUAAAACCGCGGUCGCGAGAGGUUGGUCGACGCUGCUCUGGGCUGCACUUUUCUCGCACUUCAACCCAGCCAAAAGGUCCAAUGGAAUUUGCGGCCGUGAACAGGAAGAAGGUGGCGCCGAAGAAGAACAAGCUAACGAGUCGAGUUGAAACAUCGUCGGCGUAAAUUUGGCAUAGCCUGCUGGUGUUUGUGUCGAGUGUGCGUGUGUAUUGUGUACAGUGCGCGUCGUGUGGCAAGUGCGCGACGGAGGCUCGUACCACAGGUGAAAGAAACAGUUGCAACAAACAACACGAACAACAGGGCAAAGAAAAGCGCACUCACCCGCUCCAACAAGAAGACGGCGCAUCGAAGUUGAACAUAAAGUACAGUUAAAAGACGAUUCCACACAUUACACAGUCACCGCAUACCGUGUGUCCGAGAGAAAGAGAGAGAAAGAGAAAGAGAGUACGUGAGGGUGUGUGAGGGGAAGGGUGAGAAGGAGUGAGAGGGUGGCAAACAAUGAAGGCAGUGCGGGUGUGUUGGUGCUUGGAGUUGGGAAUUUGCUUUGUUUUCCAAGUGCAAGAACAGCGAAUGCACAGUCAAUAAGUUCGCGACACGAGAGUGACGGAAAACUAGAAGAACACUAAGCGUGCUGGUGUGUGAGUGUGUGUGUGCCUUGGUUUUUUAUUCUAGAACACGGGCGAUACGUACAGCUACGGGAAGAUUUUCAUCCCUGCGUCCGCCUGCAUGCACAGAACGGGCGAUGCAAAUGUGAUGAUCAUAGCAAUCCGCGGCCGACCCCGUGAGUAAAUCGGGCCGAGUGCACGGGACACUAUGACUUGACGGAUGCGGUGUAAGGGUGUGUGUGCAUGUACGUGUGCGUGCUUUUGGGAGCUAAUUAAUUGUCAAUUGCCAAAUCGUCUCCAUUCAUUAGCAAUCCCUGUCUCGGCACCUUGUGCGUGUGCCCGUCUGUGUGGGUAAAGGGAUGUGCAAGCGGAAUCAGUCGCUUGUGUUAGUGAGUAGCGCGAAGCAAUAGAACCUGAUUGAGCAAUGCGCACACUGUGCCCGUGUGUGCGCGCGCGCGACUGGUGUAAAAUGUGUUUGCGUGAGCGUGAUACCAGUGUGUGUGUGUGUGAAGUGAGAAGGUGAUCGCUCACGCUGCUUUCAUUCACGAAAUCGGUGAAAUCGUCGUCGUCCGUCGUCUUUGCGGGACCAACAAAAGCAGCGAAAAAGAGAAAUAUAAGAAAAGCGAAAGAAAAAAACAAACACAGCUCCGAUGAAUAGGCUCGUUCUGUUCGCUGUGUAAGCGAGUGUGCUUACGUUUUUGUUUGUGUGUGUGUGCGAGAGAGAGAGAGAGAGAGAGAGAGUGAUGGUAGAGGAGCGCUGUGAUAAUUGCUACCCUCUUUAGCCGUCACCCACCCCACCUGUCUACGCAAUUCCUGGAACGAAAGUAGAUCGCUUGCGCUUGUGUGGUGAUCAUCGAUCAUCGCGUACAACGACGGUGUCUAUUCGUGCGUGCACUUUUGAGUGUUCACUGUAUCUAGCUGUGCGUGAGUGUGUGUGAUCGUGAUUUUCCCGUGCGCAUCAGAAGCACUGAGCACAGUGGGGAAAACCGGGCAGUCCGUCCGUGUGCUGCGGAGCCUUGCAUUAUCAGUAUCGCAUCAUUGCUCUGUGCGCGAGAUCGUUUUGUGCAAUGCAAGUGCUGUGUUAGUGUGUGUGUGUGUGCUAACAACAGAGCAAAAAGAAAAAGCGAGUGUGAUCGCAGAGUGGUGGUAGUAAGAAAAAAAGAAAUCCAAGCAUACCUCUACUGAAAAGAAGCUCUUAUUAGUGAAGCUGUGCGUGAAGAGUGUCGUCCGUAUGAGCUUAGUGAGCAGGAAAAAAGGGCUCAGUGCAUCUCAUCGUUAGCCUGCGCGUUGUUUUUCUUUUGUUGUUUCUGGGUGCAAACAGUGCAAUAUUUCCGUCUACGUUCGACCUCAGUCGUAUUUUUCCCGCGAGCCCACACGCUGGUGGUGAUUCUCUUAGUGCCGCGCGAGUGACAUCACAGUACGAGUGUGAAAAUAGAAAUAUAAUUGAAUUCCGCGCAAUUCAGGCUCGAUUUGUGCACGUGUGGCUGUCUGUCUCUGCUCUGCUGUGUGUUCACACGUAUGUUUUUGCGUGCGAGCGUGCGUGUGUGUUUGUGUGCGUAAGUCACCCGUUGAGUGAUGAUGGAAUUGCAACCACUGUUCGUAGUAGUAGCAGCGACCACGAUAAGUCGUACCCUUUAUCUACUGCAACAAACGCCUGGUGGCACCACGUGGGGCAAUCAUAGUGCAAUGGCAACGGCAACCACCACGAGCGAAGGGCACAAUAACAACACAUCACCAGCCUACUAUAACUACCUGUCUGCGCAGCAUCGCCGGAUGACGUGACGGUGUACAGUCGGUAUCAACGGAAAGGCAGCACACGGUUUGGAAUAAAUCCACGCCGGUUUUUUUUUUCAACUAAGAGACGCACACCAAAAAGUACAUGUGUGUGUGUGUUAAGCAGAGAUUUUAACGAUAAACACAAGUAUCGUGCUCAACCUUCUUCUACCAUUAGUUUAAGAAACCUCAACAAACCAAUGAACGAUGGAGUCAUCAAAAGCAGCAACAACUGCAACGGUAGCUGAUGCGUCAGAAGCGGUAACUCCGGCACCGGCAGCAGUUAGCUCACCAGAAGCAGCAUCUUCCGUGUCCACUGGUCCGGAGCAUGAUAAGGAAAUACCCAUAGCGGUAGCAACCGAUACUACCGCGACGGCCGAUGACUCAGAGCCAAAAAUCGAACAAGUAACUCCAGCCGACAUGGAACCACAAACUCCACCAACGCCGGCCGGCAUGCAGGAAACGAUAGAUCCGCUUGCAGUGGCAGAAGAAUCGCCAGAAAUAAGUACAACUUCCAUCGAACCAGAGAUGAAAUCAUCGGAAGACAUAGAAAGCACGAUAAAAGAUACUGAACAAACGGUGGAACAAGAUCCGCUGGCGCGUGCUUUGAGUGAGGAGGCAAGGACGUCUGAAGAAGAAGUACUGAACCCAUCCACAUCCGCUCAGCCUACAGCUGUGAAGGAGGACACCAUGUCCAUGGAAAAGUGUGCCGAAGUGUCCGAAUCUAUUCCAACGUCAACAUCUUCUCCUGAUGAGAAUCCUGAAACGAGCCGCACCAACACCGCUGAGGAUGAAAAGUGUUCGGGUAGAAUUCCUACCAUGGGAACACCACCACCGUUAGUGGAAUCUUCCACAGCCUCACCGGAAAAGGCAGCUCCUGUCGUGGAUGACUCAUCUGCAGCAGCCCCCGGAGAUGGAUCAGUAUACACAACGACAUCCACGGUGGAUAGUAGCAGCGGUAGUGGUGAUAAAACUGGUGACAGCAACGUUGAAACCGUCACAGGGCCUAGCAGUAACAGUAGUGAUAUUGUAAAUAGUAUUAGCAAUGACUGUAGCAGUAGUAGUAGUAGUAGUAGUAUCGGGAACGGCAAAGAGGCAGAAUCUCAAUCGACUGCCACAGAAAAUGGCUCCACGAGUCUCGAAGCGAAUACGACCACAAUGGAUGCGGAUGAUCGUGCACGGCCACUAUCUUCCACGAUCGUUCCACCGUCCACGGUGGAGGAAGCUGCGCAUGCUGUGAUAGAAAAGGAUGCUUUGGCUGACAGCGUAGAGACAGCCGCAGCAGACGAGAAGCAGCCCCAGGAAUCGUUGGCACGCUUGGACGAGUCCCGGCAAGGAUGUGACGGAAACAAUUCAGAGAGAGAUGGAGUAAAUGGGCAGGAAGACGCUAGGGAGAUAGGCAGCAAUCCUUCCGACGAUCAAAUGCGAGACGAAACGAAAUCUGUUCCCAGCAGCGCAUUUGAUGCGAAUGGACAAGAAAAGCGAGAGAAAACCUGCCUCGAGCAUCGUGAAUCUUCGGCGAUGCCACCGGAUCCCGAUACUGGUCCACCGGUAUCGGAGAAAAAGGUUCCUUUGGCAGAUUUCCGAAGUACCGAAAACUGUAACAAUAAGAAUGAAAAUAUUGCAGCCAAUAGUAACGCCUCACCUGGGGAGGAACAUUACAAUCCGCUUCCAACUUCUCAAACCAUGGAAGUUGAAUCUUCGCAAAAUGAUAACAUGAACGGCAGUGGCGAUAAUCGAAUGCUCAACACACUCAGCACAGGAGCUACCACUGGUCGGAGCGAUCACUAUCUCCAGCAGCAACAAACUCCUCCGGUAUCGGCCCGAAAUCCGCUCCAGUUCACGGAGGUAGCGAACGACGAGGUUGAGCUUAAGGUGGACGGUGGUCAUUUGCUUGAUCGUGUCAUUAAACUGUCACUUCUCAAAGGGCUGCAAGACAGUGGGAAGCGUCUGGCAAAGAGUAGUCUGAUCAUUUCCGGCGCCGGAGCCAGCAUAGGUGAGGGAGCGAAUGGAGAGGCAACACUGGCAACAACUUCCUCGCUGAGCAAAGCAAAGAGCGCCGCCGCAGGUUUGCGGUUGAUGGAGGAACACAAAACCACUCCUCCCGCACUCGUAGCCAAUGGAGCAGCUGUAAACGGAAUUGAAGCAGCUCCAGUCGCUGUGACGGAAAUAGCAAGCAGUACGAAGGAGCCAGCAGACUCUCAAAACCAUCCAACUGCGCAGAGUGGGGGAAGAAUACGUCAUUCAAGUGAUACUACCGUAAGCAGCAGUCCCUCCGGGGAAUUGGAUGGAGGGGUACGCAGCAGUAGCAACAGUUCGUUAGAUUUCCGAGAGGAAGAAAGAUCACCGACGGCACAGGCUCAAGAAGCUACAUCACCAGCAUCCAGCCUGGAGCCAUCUUCGAAUCGGAGCUCUGCCACACGGGAACCAGCGUCAGUGCAACCCACCCAAAAUAACAAUAACGAGCAUCUGCCUGUGAAAGCACGGAAACCACAGUACUACGCCAGUAUUCCGGAUUUUUCAAAGCAACAGUUUUCCUCGGCCGCCUCCAUGUCCACCGUGUCGACAUCGACGACAACAGGCGCGAAAAGCCUCGCUCAGCUACACAUGAAGACGCCCGACUUUAGCCGCCUUGUUCCCGGUACGGUGCCGUCCAGUCAAACAUCUCCGUCUUCCACGACGACAAACGCUGCAAUCUCCACCGUCGCUUCGUCGAGCAUGCGGACAACGAGUGAGUUGAAAAUCUCGAAUCCUGACUUUACGAAAGGAUUUGGUGCGCAGCACCAUUCGCAGUACAGUUCUUCGGCGCACGCUGUUAGCUAUCCGUCUGCUCAAGAACAACCUAGUAGUGGCGGCAACAGCAGUUCGCCGUAUGUUACGCCGGAUACGUUUAGUAAACUUAUCAAGGAGCGAAACUACAUUGCGGACUUGCAGUUGAAGAAUCCACCACCUUCCCAGCAAAGCUCAGCCGAAAGUCAACAAGUUGGGAAAAGUGCUGGAUCACAGAACGAUUACCCGCCGUCCAGGAUAGUUGUGGUGGACACUACAUCAGUUGCAGUUGGCAGUACUGCACCUUAUGGACACGCUACUUCCAGUCCUGUUGGUCAAUAUCGUCGCCCUUCGCCAAUUGAGAACGGAAUGGAGCAGGAACCGAAGGCCCAUGUGAUACACAAAACUUCAGGCGGUUCGUCAGCACCACCGCAACCACCACCACCACCACCACCACCUGCACAAUCUGCCGGUGGUCACCAUGCGCCGAAAACGUGGAAUCCUCCAGAGUUUAGCAGUAAACACUUUACCCAUGGACCUCCGAGCCAUAGCCGGCCGGCGGCGGGUUCAAAUGGAGCGGGACCAUCGUCUACAUCACCUUCAUCCCGCGAUCCGUCGCCUGCGCCUUCGUCUUCAUCUCCACAUCAACCGUCGUACGGACAACAUCCUGGCGGGUUGGUGAACUACGCAGGCAAAUCCUCUCACACUGGAACCACCUCGGUCGCCGGGUCGGAAAGAAUCAUCGUAAACAAUGUGCGAACAUAUUAUCCAGAGGCUUCUGUUCCACCUGCAUCGGCGUCGGUGCCACCUUCCGGUACGUCCUCCUCGUCGUAUCCGUCGUUGCCGAAGGUGAAAGAUCCCGAGUUUCGAUUGGAUCAAAAUAAAGAGCAACUGCUACUGCAGGAGGGAACAAUCGUCACGGUGAAACAACCGUACUCGAAUCACACGACAGGACGAGGCCAGCUACCGCCCCCGACUACAGUCCGAUCACCAUCGGCUGAGAGGCGCGAAGCUCAGAUGAUGCAACAUUCGCAAGAUAUACUGUAUCGAGAUUAUAAACACCACAAAAAGCCUACCAGUUCUGUAAGCCCGGGAGGUAGUAAUACCCGACCAGUAGGCUCCUCACAGAGCUCGGUGGAUCGUCGAUCACCAUACGACCCAGCUGCGUAUUACUCUCAGUCGAUGCAUCAUCAUAGACCUCCAAUAAUUCCUCCUCAAGGCAGUAGUGGAUUGAUGCAUCCACCGCCACCUAACUGGCCGGGAUCGGGGCAACAUCUUCCUCCGCAUCACAUUGCAAGGGCAGCUGUUGGGCCGGGUGCACGCAGCAGUCCACAAGACAAUGGAGCAAGUCCAGUGUCUUCGCCAGCACCACUGCCAGCGGGUCAGCAUCACUACCAUCCCCAUCCACAUCAAGCUCCAUACUACGGGCAAUACAAAAAUGCUCCGAGUCCCGUAUCGGGUUCGACAUAUGGAUCCAAUUCAUCCCCAGCUCAACCGCAAGGAUCAGGCAGUAAAUAUCCUUCCCAACAACAGCACUAUCCCGGUGGAACUGGAACUGGCGCUUCCGAUCGAAGACUGGAAGUACUAGACCGGACCGGGGUGGGUUCAGGAAACUACAAAGGAUUGGACUAUAACAUGGAGCAGAAGUUUGCGGAAGUUUACCAAGCACAUCAAGCCAAGGAGAAGCAGGCAGCGGCAGAAGCAGCCGCUUCUAGCUCGGCAAGACAAGGAUCCCGUCCAGGGCCUGGUGCUACGAGCGGGAGUCCUGGAAUAUCGUCGACCCCUGGAUCGUCCUCGAAGGGACCGGCUGCUUAUAGCUACGAGCAGUAUCAUCCAUACUAUCAACACUCGCAGGCGACACCUUCUCCAACAUCCACGCCAUCACCAGUGCCUUCCCCCCUCCAUAGAAAGUACAGCGGUCCACCGUCCAGGGAUCCUUCACCACAGGGACAGCAGCCACAGCAGCCGCACCAACAUCAUCGGUACGGAGGAUCAAAUGAAGCAAUGUAUCACGUGCCUGCCGGAGGACCUCCGGCCAUGUACGUGCAUUCGGGAGCUCCAAAACCUGGUGAGCAAGGCGCCGCACAACAAUCCAUGCCCCCUGCGUCGCACUAUCAAAGUCAGCCAUCCUCUUCGUCGUCGUCCUAUUCCAGUGUGACCACUACGUACUCGAAUCGUCCUCACCAUGCAGGUGCCGUUGUGAGCCCGAAUCAUCCCAACUCUGUACAACAGUCUGUGAUAAGCGGUAACCCGUAUGAUCGGUACGUCCAUGCCUACGCUACUGGUGGACAAUCUCAUCCCGCAUCUGGAGGGCAGCAGCAACAGCAGCAACAACAGACGCAUCACUCCAAACCAUCACUUCCAUAUCCUCCAGCGGGACGACUGCAAGGACCUCCACCGUUGCAACCUGCCCCUCCAUCAGCGACUGGACAGUCUCAGCCCGUCAUACAACCUCCUCUAACGGGAAGUAAAAACAUUCCCGUGCGUGUUAUUGCCACAGCACCACCUGCGACUGCUUCUGCGUCUGCCGUCGCAACACUACCUAACGCCGUACCUACCAUACAACCGCAAGGAACAGCUCGAUCCUCGGGUCAGGCCUCAACAGCAGCUGCCCUAUCGCAACCGGCGUUAGUAUCAGCAGGGGAGAGCCAACGUGAUCUAAACCGCGUCGCUACAACCACGCCGGUAAUCGUCGCUCCUGUCAAACGCGAAUCUCCGCUGGAUCUUUCAGUAAAAACCGUCAAAACGAAGGCCGAUUCGACAGGGUGUGAUGAUUAUGCAAUGAGUGCCAGCAACAGUAGUAUCAGUAGCAGCAGCAGUAGCAGUAGUAGUGGUGGAACUGGUCGACCUCGUGAAGUGGUGCCUAAAGUGGACUUUAGUCCAAACUUUCAAAAACACAUUCCUGCAAGAAAUCCUGGCCCCAAUGGUGCUCCCGGCGUUGGGUUACCGGCGGUGGAUGUUAGACAACCUCACGAACCUCCCCAGCAUCCGACGCCUUCGCCAACGCGCCACGUUUCUGUCAUCAGUCCUGCAAUACCGCCCGGGUAUGAUAAGAAAACGGAUGCUUACAUGUCAGCGAACUAUCGUGCUGUCGGUGGACCGUUGGCGACUCCGGCAUAUCAAUACUCUGCCGGUCCGACUCGAUUAGGCCCGGGGCCACCGGGUGGAUAUGAUGGCUCUCCAGCGGCUUCCUCGUCUUCAAUGGCUUCUGCUAGUAGUAAAAGUGUGUACUAUCCUCCAACGGGACAAGAGUAUGGUCGUCCAGCGGGAAAAUCAGGUUCCGGAAGCAUCGUAACCGGGCAAGCUGCUCCCGGUGGACCAACGAAUUCACGUUCCAACCCAUCCUCUCAAGGUCCACCAGCAAUUGCAUCAGCUGCCUCGCAGGCGCAUGUAAACGAUCGCAUGGAGGAUCGCAAAUUCGUGGAGAGCAUGUUGAAGAAGAAAACAUCACCCUCUUCUGAUGUGAUGGCGGACCUACAGGCAGGCAAGUUUCCGACUCGCAUUCCACAAACUUUGGCACCGAAAAAGAGAGUUGCAGCGGCUGCAGCAGCAGCUGCCGCUGCUGAAGCAGCUCUGGCGAAGGCCCCCGUAAUUCAAACUGGAGCAGGUUCGCCGGCAGUUCCUUCGCCGGCCAAGGUAGCGAAAUACGAAGACUCGACAGUACCUCGUGCCCAGGUAGGACCAACGCAUGUAUCAGCUCCGCCGCAACAGGGUCCUGCUCAAGCAUCUGCUCAAGGAGCGCCGACAUAUGAUGGACGCUAUCCAAACCAUGCUCAAGGAACUUCUCGGGAAGGAUCCUAUCCUAGCUACGGCCCAGCUGCUCAUCUUUAUGCAAGCUCCGGCAAGCGUCCAACAGUACCGGAGAUGUCUAAUGGUCCUGCUGUACAUCCGUCCGUGAUAACCACCAACUAUCAUCAUCAUCCACAGUCCGUGCUGCAGCAACAUCAGCAACCGCAGCAGUACACUCCAGAUGCUCGCUAUUAUCCACACCACUCGCCUCUUCCGGUGAAACCGCGUGAGGAGCAUAUAAUGCCAGUCUACCAUCCACCGCACUUGAGAGGCGGAAGUGCAGCAUCGUACUCGUCACCACAUGCGUAUGGCUAUUCGAAGGACGAGCCUAAUGCUCAUCCACCCUAUCCUCAGCACCAUUCCGAUCCGAUGGCGUAUCAUAAGGGGUCACCGACUGUGGCACCGCCGUUUCGUUACGGAGAUUCGUUGAAGGCACCACCGCCACCACCACCACCAGAACAUACCGCUGUACAUCAUAUGCAGUCUCACAUCCACUACACGGGUGCAAGUGCCGGAGCUAUCCCGAAGGUUGGCCACGGGGCUGCUCAUCAAUAUCAGCAGCCAGCACAGCCACAGUCUCAGCAGCAGCAGCAACAUCAUUCUUCACAACCUGCUGCCGAACCAAUAGCCGUUCCGCAGUAUCCGCCAAACGUUCAUCCUAGCUAUGGAGCACCGCAGCAUCAUCGUGGAGCCGAUCAGUCGGUAAUUUCAAAACUUCGCACCAGUCUCGAGCUGAAGGAAUACGAGAAGCAACGUAUCAAUCAGCUGCGUAAGCAGCCAGGCAUGGAACUGGGCGAUGAAGAUCGUCCCCAGAAAGCAGCUCUGCCAUCUCCGGGACCAGCACCGACCGGUGUCAUUCCUUCGAUGCACGAUUCUCCAUCGCCCUCGUCGCGCUUUCGUACGAAGGGCGAACUUAAAGGAUACACCCCGUUGCCAACGCCAAGUGUAGUUACCAAACCACCCCGAUCCAUCGCUGAAUCUCCUCCGAUGUCUUUGAAAAGAGAAGAACUUGGUGGUGAGGAGGCGCAGGAAGAUGGGGAAGAGGGGAAAAAAUCGAUUGUCCCACCGGUAGAUAUGGAUGGUGCGUCGGCACUGGAUAUACUGGACUGGGGCAGUGCCUGUAAUGAAUUCGUCGAACAAUUGCAAACGGGUAAAAAGCGUGGUCGACGGAAACGAACAGGAGGGACGGUCUCUGCUGGAUCGGCUGGCGGACGUAAUUGGCCUGCGAUUGAUUCGAUCGAAACGGCCGCGGCGUCGGUUCCCGAGGGCUCUACAACGGACUUGUCGGCGAUCCCGAAGGAAGUGCUCAACUCCGCGCGUUCACCGCUGCGUCUUCAGGCUGCUGGAAACGGAAGCGAGAGCUCAAGCGACGAAGACAAACCUCUGCUUCUACUUCGCCAGCAGUCCCAACAGCAGCAGAAAGAUCAAGAGGAACAGCGCCAGGUGGAUGGCAAAGCGCACGCAGCUUUUGUGCAAACGGAAAAGGCGGCACGCAAUCUGCGCGAAAAGCAGCGAUUCGAGCUGCAGCAGAAACACGAAGCUAAGCUAGGCCGUUCCAGCAGUACCGAUAGCGAAACGGCACGGCUUGCGUUUGUUACUGCCCAGCGUGCAAAAGCCCGCGUUCGGAAGCUACGCCACCGGUCGAGCGUUGCUGCCACCCUUUCGCUCAAGUCGUCGGACGGGGACGGUGACGUGACGGCGGACGGUGCUGAGGAUGAUCGUGGUAAACCGGGCCAGAAGCGUGUGCCACAUUCGCUGGAGAACAGUGCAAAGCGGAAGCGUAUCCGUGGUCCAGGUUCACGAUCGUCCUCCUCUUCGUCAUCCUCUUCCUCGUCGGAGAGUAGUGCACCGGCGGUGGUAAAGAAGCCGGAGAGUGCGGUGCCCAGAAAGCGCGGACGCCCAAAGGGAACGGGAGCCGGUGGUAAGCGUACUCAACCAUCGACCAGCAGCCGGUGUCAGACGAGCACGAUCAAGCAGGAAACGAAUGAGAAAAGUGAUCUCAGCUCCGACGAAGAAUCUCGUGCCGUGCGUACACCGCACAAGAAUGGAUCCACCGCAGCAAAUUCCGAGGCUGCAAAGAGACGUGAAGGAGGAGCGGCUGCUGGUAAUGGUAGUGCGGGUGGCUCUUCCGGAAGUGGUAAUGGCGCGGGCGGUAAAGCACAGCAGGGCAGUAAGGUGAGCGAAGGCUCGGCGUGUAUCGACGGUGGACAGAAGGAAAAGCAUCCCCCGGCCGGAGCAAAGAAGAAACCGGCAAAACCACGCACAAAUUCCAGGUCGAAGGCAGAAUCGUCGUCGGAUUCGUCAUCGGAUAGUUCGGCUUCCUCGUUGUCCGAUGAGGAGGCGGAAGAGACAAUGACGCGCUCGCGUAGCAAACGGGAAGCUGAACGUCGCCGAUCAAAUAGCAAAGUUCUGCGCAACGAUAAGAUCGUCGAAAACUGCCCGAAUCAGCGUUUUGCUCGAACCCGCGCUGACAGUGAACGCACCCCAACAAAGAAGGGUAAGGCUCGCAAACUAUCAGUCGGAGAACCAACGCCGAAGCGUUCAAAGUCGCGUGUAGUUGAGUCGGAUUCGGAUGGUCCCAAGGCGGGUGUUGGUGGUAACGCUGUUCCGCGCAAACGUACUCGUCAGGCUUCAAAAAACGCGCCAAAUUCGUCGGCUGGUUCAGGCGAGUCGGCGACCAGCUCGAGUGAGGACGAAGGUCAGAUGGAUCUGUCGGAGCGUUUGCGUUCUCGGAAGGUUGCAAAGAAACCGGCCGAGGAACCUGCCCGAAAGCAGCCAACUGCUACUGCAACGAAAAGUGGUUCGCGUCGGGAAAGUACCACCUCAGCUAGGGGCAGUGAAUCAUCCACCAAGAAGAAGGGUAGCGGAUCCGGUCCUCCCUCAAGCUCUGCAUUGGCCGGAGUGAAGAAAUCGUUGAAAGAGCUCACCCAAACUCCGGCACCGGUUGAACCUCCGGAUCAUUUCUACCCCGGUUGGGAGAAGGAACUGUACGAAUACAAGCGAUCGAUCAAGGUACCCCCGGAGCUGAUCACAAUUGAUGGAUACAUGCAUCGAAUUUCGUCUUCGCUGCCCGAUCUGGACUCCCCGCACCACAGCGACGGGUCGGAAACGUUCUCGGAGAUUGUGAAGAAGCUGAACCAGCGAGAUGUUGGAUCAGCACCACCGAAACGCUUCAAAACGAAGGCUGCGGCCAAGCAACAGCAGCAGCAACCUGUUCCUGGAACGUCCUCAGCUCCAUCUGUUGCUGCCAGAGCGAAGGAGGAUGAACACAGCACCCAGGAGCGCAAGAAAAUCGACGACGAUAAAAAGUUCAGGUCGAUCAUAGAGAUAUUGCAUCGUCGCUGUAUUGCGGCGCAAGGAACAAAACCGACGCCAUCAACUUCCGGUCGCGGAAAGGGAGCAAAAAACGCAGGAAAGGGCCAAAGCAAUGCCACGUCCAGUACCGAGAAUACCAAGCCCAGGCAAGAGUUUGAACUGCUGCCGACGCCGGGCGCCGAAUCGGAAUCACUGUUCAGCAAGAAUAGCAAGAAGAAAAAGUCGCUUUUCGAUACGGCCAUCUUGAAGUCGCGCACACGCACCGAGCAAAAAGCGAUGCAGAGCAAAGAGAUGAUCCGGGAAGUGUUCGGGGGCGAUGAAGAAAGACCUCAGUCGGCACCACCGCUCAGCUGCCGUCCGGAACCACCCCCACUGUUCGAGGAGGGUCUGCAAAACGUAACGUUCGACGAGCGAUACAACGAACUGAUGCGCAACAUCGAUCGGAUUGUGGGUGAGCUCGAUGGCGGUGGGUCUGUGGCGACAACCACCAUCAAACAGGAACCUGCCGAAGAGGAAGAGGACGACGAAGAGGAAGAACCGGAAGACGAGGAGGAGGAUGAUGAUACGCAAGAUGGUGGUAGUGCACGGAUGAAAGACUCCGAGCGCGACACACCAUCCAUCGCUUCCGAGCGAGGUGAUCGGGAUCAUCAGCUGCCCGGUACGCCUCUCUCCUUCAACGGUGGGUCGGCGAUCCUCGGCGCGAAUGUGUCCGCUCCGGGCAGUGGUGUACUGGUAGUGCCGGCAGCACCCAAAAAACGUGGCCGCGGCCAUCGCACUUCACGUCGCAAGGGUAGUUCGGGGUUUGAUUACAUUCGCAAGAAAAAGAAACCCUCGCAACAGCAUCACCAUGGCAACCAUCAGCAGCAGCAUGGAGCGGCCGGUGCGAAUGGCCUCAAUGGUUCGAUCGGUGGCCGGAAGGUGACGAUAUUCGGGAACAUCGAGGGAAAGGAUGAGACGCACAUCAGCAAGGAGAUCCGUAGCUGGGUGCUGAACAAAGGGGCCGGUGAGAGCGUUAUGCAUAAGGCGGCUCGCUUGGGCUACACGGACGUGAUCGUGUACUGCCUGGAGCGUCUGGACAUGGAUCCGGACUUGAAGGAUAAUGCCGGUUACACGCCACUGCAUGAAGCGUGCGCCAAAGGACACCUGGACAUUGCCAACUACCUGCUGCAGUAUGGUGCCAGUCAUUCGGAGCCGGCCCAGUCAGGAAUGCGGCCACUGCACGAGGCGGUGGAAAACUCGUUCGUGGAGAUCGUGCGACUGUUGCUGGCGUUCGGUGCUGAUCCUAUGCUGGCAACGUAUCGCGGCAUGACACCGAUGGAGCUGGCGGAAAGCGAUGACAUGACGCUUUUUCUCGAGCACCACCUAAACGAUGUGCAGAGUAUGGCACCGAACAAGAUUGGGUGGAAGUUUGACGGACCUUGGAAGAUUCAUGAUCCAGAAGAAAGUGGUUGCAAUAUAUUCUCGGACAUUCCGGGAUUCGACGGAACCGGCGGUCUAACAUCACUCAACACCAGCGGUACGAGCAGUAGCAGCAACAGUGGUGCGAUCUCGUCCGCCUCCAGCAAACGGUGCGAUUCCAACUCCAACAUCAUGCACUACGAAGUGGGUGAAAGUGUUACCAGCGCCGCCGGAGUUGGCGAUUCGACACGCAAACGGAACGGCAUCACCAACGAAAACCUUCCAGCUGGGUUGAGAAAUGGAAAAAUCAAGCGCGGCCUUCCGAAACAGCAGGAAGUGCGCCUUCCGAACGGUGCAACUGUCCCACGAGCGACUACGAAACUGAGCAACGGUGAGGAUCGGGCUAAUGCGGAGCAACAGGAUCUCGAGAUGCAUGACGCCGGGAGUGAUGGUGAGGACGGGGAGAUCAUAUUCGAGUACGAGGAAGCGGAUCGACCCUUGCCACCGCUGUACAUCCUGAAGGACGAGUACAACGAGCGGUGGAUGCUAAUGAGCGAUCUGUGCAGCUUUCUCAAGUUCAAAUCGAAGGAGGCCGUGCUAAGACAGAUAUGUCCCAACAAUUCGACCAACAGCCAGCGUGAGCUGAUACGUGAGAUGAAGAUCGAAGAGUUCCUGACACGGGCCAACUGCCUGCAGCUGUUGUGCGCUGGCGAGAAGCUCAACAUUCACGCCUCCAAGGUGGUGCUGGUGAAGUACAACGACAGUGUGAAGAACCUGCUGCAAGUACAGAGCUUCAUUGCACGUAUCUAGUAGUCCAUCUAGUAGGCCGUCUCGUGCGGUGUUCGAGGCGAGUCCCGUGUGCAGAAGACUGAAUUCAGAUGAACGAACAAAACAACACACAAACAAAUCAUCACGACCUAUCGAUGUAUGCGGUGAGCAGUAGUGCUCCAGAGGAGGGCUCAAGUCCCGCGGUUCGAAUGCUUUCGAACUCUAGUGUUAAGUUUUUUUAGCUAUUUUAAUGUGUAAUUAUGUUAUCUGCUCGCCUUUUUAGCUUAUUAUUUCGGUUUUGUAGCAUCUCUUUUCGUAUGUGUGUGUGUGCGUAGCUUUUUGUGUGAUUGUGAACAUAUAGAAACUUACCUCUAGCAAAAUGGGAAAUGUUGGAGCUCUCCAGGAGAUAUUUAGCAAACAGCGACCCCGCUGCUAGUUAAUAAGCAUGUUGCCUAAUUAUUGUGACUUCCCUGGACGCUGAGGAUGCAGUAUGUGCAACGUAUAGUAACAAUUUCAGUUAUUACCAGAACACACGAGCUCUUGAGGUAGCUAGCACGAUUUAUGUAUAUUUAUUCUUUAACCUGCCGUGUGAACAAACCGAACAAGCGUGUCCCGUGUGUACCCUUUUUGUUUUGUUUUUUUUGUCACGAUGAGUUCUUUUUGUUAAGUGUGUACUUUUUAAUGUUUUAGUGUACUUUUAGUUAGGUGUGGUUAGAUUUUGUUCCGUUUUUUUUUCGUUUAUAUUAUCAUGUUUCUCUAGCAUAAUUGUCCGUUAGCCCUUUUGCAAGGGGAGUUUAUCAGUUCUAGGAAUCGUUUCAUUGUGCGCGUGUGUGCUUGUGGAGUAUGUUUUCUUUUUUAAACUUUAAUUUCGUUGCGUUGUGUAGGUAGUUUAUGGUGUAGAAGCCGUUCAGCGGAGCGGUUCUGGUUGUUUUGAGAGUAAGCGAAAGUUUUAUUAAGUGUUUUUGAUGAUGCUCAUGGAUGCAACCGACGGGGUGGCGGGUAGAUCAUCCUUCCAGACUCAAACAAAAAAUCCAAGGAAAAGCACGUUAGAAUGUAGUAGACAAUGAGAUACUCGAAUAUAUUGCGUAGUGCGUGAACGUGGCAAGAGGCAAAACGAAGGCAAGGCAGUGGAGGAAACUCAUUGACUGAUGAUUGUGUUUACUAUUUCACUUUGUAACAAAAAUAGUAGAAUCGCCUAAACGAAGAGCAUAAACGAGGAUUGUGAGAAGUUAGGUGUUGGCAAAGGAAGGUGCCUAGGCAAACUAUUAGUCGUUCUUAAACGAAUGUUCUAAAGGCUAAUGAUGAGAGAAAACGACAAUUUGAAGGUUUCACGUGUGCUUGUGUGUGUGUGUGUGUGCGUCAGGCGCGAGAAGACAGGAUUCGGAUUCGCGGACCCGGGGCGUAAGGUCCCGGUGGUUUGUUGAGUUAUUUGAAUCGUUCCAAGUGCAAUCAUAGAUUUGCAAAUUUUAACGCAAAACGAACGCUGGCGCUGUGCGUGUGUGUAGCUAGCAGAAAGAAGGGCGGUUAUAGAAACCUGGGGAAAUAAGAGUGAAGCUGAAGCCAGAGUGGUAUGUUUUAUAUAAAGGAAGGGAAUGUUUCGUAAACGUAUAUACAAUACAGAAGAACAGCUGGUAGGGUUAUUAGAAUGGCAAAAGCAAACAGCAACACAUGUGAUGAUUUUCGAAACGAUAAAGAAAAGUAAAACAAAACGAUGGAACAGUUUAUAAAUAAGAAAUUAGAUGAUGGAGAAAGUAUAGUUGAAAAGGCGAACGAUACAGAGCGAGAGGGAAUGAAAGAUGGUAAUGGAUAGAAGAGAACAGAAUAACAUUAUACAAUUAUUAUUAUAUGUAAUAUGGUACUAUUAACAAAAAGCAAAAUGCGACAAAUUCUCGUUUGUUUCCGAGGAACACUGGCGUGCGUCGUCGUUGCCGAAGAAGAAGGCAGACAAUGUUCGUGGUUGCGAUCACAUGAUGUGGGUGCAAUCACGAUCAUUCGUGUUAGUUCAAGAGGAAGAAACAAAAUGUAUUCGAAACAAAUUGCGUCGUAAAUUUGA